AUGGGUGGCGAUUCUGUGAAGAAGCAUCCUAUUCAAAAGGAUGACAAAACAUUCAGCGAGAAGCACAGGGGUCUGGUAUCUGGCUUAGAAAAGGCAUGCAGCUCUACUGAACCCGAGAGUAAGACAGCCUCGCAUGUUGUGCCGGUUGAGGACUGCAGCUGGAUUCGCGCUCAACCUGACUGGUUCCCCCAGCUCAACAGGUGGAUUGACAACGCCAGCAGACGAUUGUCCGCCGACCUGUCUAUUAUGCCCCAUAACUUCUUUACCCUCCAGGUGAGUAUUUUGUUUACUAAUGUUUGAGAUGGUGUUCUUACAUUCGUGGUCUGUCAAAUCUGCACUGCUAAAUCUACCUCUCACCCUCAGCCACUUGAUAUCUGCGACGCGGGUGCGCCCUCCGUCUUCAGUUUUGUUGAUCGGCACCUGGAGGGUCUUCGUCGUGAGAUGGAGGAGUCUAUCAAGGCCAUGGGUGUGGGAGCCACUGGCGAGAUUGCAGCGCCAACGGGUGACGCCGCCGGCGAGCUCGGCUACUUGACAGAUGCAUAUGAGCCCGGCAAGGAUGGUCAUGUAAGUGCCCUACUCAUGGGUUUUGUCUGACCAACCCUGUUUUUUGCAGCUCUACUUCAAGACCCGGUAUAAUGUCCAAGACUUCAAGCCGGAGGACGUUGAGGUAACCACGCGAGGCAACUGCUUGGUUGUGCAUGGUAAGAAGAAGGAGGACCUGCCUGAUGGCGGAGUACGCACUCGCGAAUUCUGUCGUUCGGUAGUUGUUCCUGACAAAGUGAACAAGGACGACUUCCACGCUACCCUAACAUCUGUGAGUGAAUGACCUCUACCCUCCGGGGGGGGGGGGGGCUGGGUUGGGGGUUUCUUGUUGAGUGCCUUUCUACAACGGAUCUUUUGUUUCGUAGGACGGUGUGCUGGUUGUGGAGGCGCCAGUCAAAGAACCCGACUACAGCGUCUACAAGUUUGACGAUGAUCGUAAGCUUUGUGUGGCUGCCAAACCGCAUGAGGAGGCACCAGCGGGAAUGGAGCUCGCUGUCACUGGUAGGUAUCUACGCCUUCUGGCUGGUCCAGUUUUUUUUUGUCUCCCCCCUCUUGCCACUUAUUCAUUGGUGGUGUUUCUCCUGUGCAGGCAAGGACGGUGCCGUAGUGGUGGGUGAUGGGGACCACAGGAAGCUGCAUUUGGAGGUGCCUGUGGAUUCGCACUUGGAUCCGAAGGAUAUCACCAUCAGGAUGAAUGCCAACAGCGUGCGUAUUAGUGGCAGUCAUGCUACAAAGCAUGAAGAGAAGACCGUCGAUGGUCACGUCCACAGCUCUGAGACUGCGCAUUUCUCCAGGACCUAUGCUAUCCCCCAAACUAUUGACACCUGCUCAGCAACUGCGGUUCUGAAGGACAAUCGUCUUGUGUUGGAGGCUCCACUCCUGAAAUUCUGA